GGCAGAGGCAGACAAUUUCAGAAGGGAAAAGGGGGAAGUUUGCAGAGGACGGUACGUACACGGUACAGCCAUUCCACUGCAAGAGACCAAUGCUUGGCAUAGGCACUUUCAUUGUGGGAGGCAUCCUGGAUUUCUGGGCCUGAACCAGUUUCUGCUAGGUGGCAGAGCAUGGCCUAAGUUUGUUUUCUGUAAGAUAUCAAUGUGCAGAGGCUGAGUGCUGUAUAAGGCUCCGAAAGAAAGCGCACACCUUGGCGGUGUUCCAAUUUAACCUUGGAGCUUCUUUCACGUUGAUUUCAACAAGUGCAAUCAUGGCGUCAGCUGCAACAGCCCGCUCUGUGGUUCUACUGCCCAACGGCGCCGCAGCAAGCUCCAUACAGCAACCUACGACGCGUAGAUGUCCAGCCGCUGCUGCUGUUUCCAGGACCAGUCCUUUCCUUGGCUCACGAACACUAUGUCCUCAUGGCAGCAGAGAAAAGCUGCUCAGACUAGUUCACGAAGGUCUAUGCCCACGACCGGGGCGCCAUCAUUCUGCAGCUGCGAGGCCAGGGCGAACGAUGGCCAGCACAGCUAUGCAAGAUCGCGUGCGUGUGCUGGAUGGAAAGAGCAAGUACACAAUCGCAGUGUUGCCAGGGGACGGACAGGGGCCUCAAGUUAUGGAAGUCGCCAAGAAGGUUUUGUCGGCGCUCUCCACCACCUCGGGGGUGGACUUUGAGUUCCGGGAAGGUCACGUCGGCCUGACUGCUCUGGAAUCGACUGGCAGCAUUCUGCCAGAGGACACCAUCAGCUUGUGCAAGUCAGUGGACGCUGUGUUGCUGGGGGGGCUCUCAGGGAAGAUCCUGGAGAAUGAUGACGUCCCACUACGGUCCCGUGUGCUCAAGAAGUUGCGGUCAGAGAUGGACCUGUACUGCCAGCUGUCACCGGCCAAGGCGUUUGAGCAGCUGCUGGAGGACUACUCCCUCAAGGUGGAGUCGCUCAGGGGCACCGACAUGAUCAUUGUGCGGGAGAUUGGUGGUGGCAUCUACACUGGCCAGCAGGGCCGCGAGGACCUUCCCAGCGGCGGCCAGCGGGCGUUCAGUACCGCAAGCUACACGCGGGAAGAAGUGGAGCGGAUUGCGCACGCAGCAUUCGGCCUGGCGCGGCAACGCAAGCGGCAGCUUGUGUCAGUGGACCUGGCAAACUACCUGGAAGUGUCUGUCUUCUGGCGCGAGAUCUUCACCCGCUUGGGCAAGGAGGAGUACCCCGACGUGGAGCUCCGUCACGAGUUGGCCGACGACUUCGCAACCCGUCUCGUGCAGAACCCCGCCCGCUACGACGUGGUGAGCAUGGGCAAUUUGCUGGGCGAUAUUCUGGUGGAGUCGGCCCGCGGGAUCACGGGAGGCAAGCCCAUGUCCCCCACCGCGGAGUUCGGCGCCCCCGGCACGCCCGGCAUCUUCGGGUACCCCGGUUCGUAUGAGACGGUCCAGGUGGAAGGAGCCAAGGAGACGGCCAACCCGCUAGGGCUCAUUCGCUCCGUGUCCAUGAUGUUGCGGUACCAGUUCGAAAAGCCUGUGUUGGCGGACCUGGUUCAAGAGGCCAUCAAGAGCGUGCUGGCGGACAAGAUUCGGACGCCGGACAUGGUGGUCGUGCCCAAGGCGCCGGACAAUGCGCCGUUCUCGGUGUGGCCCAAGCUGCAGACGGUGGACUGCGAAGAGAUGGGCGACCGCCUGGUGCAAGCCAUGGAGUACUAUCAAAGCUUCAAGGUGACGGGAAACCCGGUCGAAGUUGGAGAGUAGCGGGCCCAGCCAUGUCUUGGGACCACUUGACAGCACGUAGUGAAGCGAGAGUGUUGUAGCAUGUACCAUGUGAGGCAUAGUAUGUCGGUAUUGUAACAUGUGCACGAGCAUCCAGUUGCUUGAGAAAAUUGAGCGCUGAAAUGAGUAGAUUUGCAAACGACCGGCAGAUUUAUUGACAGCACAUCUGUACACAUUCUUGGAAGAUGGGGGUUGUAACUUUCCAACAGCUUCCGGCCCCGAACUUGAAGACUCAGGAACCCUUCGAUCAAGUUCCAAUUCACGUUGCUUGAACCAGUUACUCACAAUCACAAUCAAAUUGCACAAAAUUUCGGUGGGCUG